AUGGCUCGCGGAACCAAAUCUAGCCAGAAGAGCAGCGACACGCUGAACCAGCGCCUGAACCUCGUCGUCAAGUCGGGCAAAAUCUCUCUCGGCUACAAGUCGACGCUCAAGGCCCUGCGACAGGGGAAGGCGAAGCUGAUCUUGAUUGCUGCCAACACGCCGCCUCUGCGCAAGUCGGAGAUCGAGUAUUAUGCAAUGCUCAGCAAAACGCCGUUGCACCACCACGUCGGCAACAAUAUCGAGUUGGGAACCGCCUGUGGCAGACUUUUCCGCUGCGGCGUCAUGGUCGUUCUCGACGCUGGCGAUUCUGACAUCCUCAGCGAGCAGGUUUAG